CGCACCAUGACACUGGCAGCUAGCCUAGCCGGCUAACUUGGCUAAUCUGAUUUAUCGCCUGAGUUAAGCGCACGUAACGUUAGCCAGGAUUACCAAAUUUAGUUUUCCAUAUCUAGCGUUUAACGCAAUAUCUAUCUGACAUCAAACAGCCACUCGUUACAAGAAUGGCAUCGCUUGGGGAGCCCGUACGGUUGGAAAGAGAUAUUAACCGUGCUAUUGAACUGCUUGAUAAGCUCCAGAGGACGGGGGAAGUGCCUCCCCAGAAGCUGCAGGCACUGCAGAGGGUCUUACAGAGUGAAUUCUGUAACGCUGUCAGAGAAGUUUAUGAACAUGUGUAUGAAACAGUGGACAUCAACAGCAGUCCUGAAGUCAGGGCCAACGCCACAGCUAAGGCUACAGUGGCAGCUUUUGCAGCAAGUGAGGGACACUCACAUCCACGUGUCGUGGAACUGCCAAAGACAGAGGAAGGCCUGGGUUUUAACAUAAUGGGAGGAAAGGAACAAAACUCACCUAUUUACAUCUCACGGAUCAUCCCAGGAGGCAUCGCUGACCGUCACGGAGGCCUGAAGAGAGGCGACCAGCUUCUCUCUGUUAAUGGGGUGAGUGUUGAAGGUGAGCACCACGAGAAAGCUGUGGAACUCCUUAAAGCAGCUCAGGGCACAGUGAAGCUGGUAGUAAGGUACACCCCCAAAGUCCUAGAGGAAAUGGAGUCACGCUUUGAGAAAAUGAGGUCGGCGAAACGCCGGCAACAGAACAACUAUCCCCAGUAGGAUUUUUCCAUGUUGAUGCCCAGCUCCCAUGUCUCUCCUCCUCUAGCCUUCUGGCCAUCUGUUCUGGUCUCUCUCUCAUCUCCCUGCCCAAAAAAACAUAACAAACAUACCCAAGUUAAGUUUUAGUUGCCACUCACACAUACCUUAUAUAGUGCUUCUACCCCUCUCUGUAGCAUUUUUAAUAUUCACCAUUGUUACUGUACUAGACACUAUGACUCUAGACGAACACUAGAAUGAAUAUGAUUGUCAGCGUAGGUGGUCUCUCACACGUGUGCAUUAUUUUUGAAUUGACAAAUUGAAUGCAUUUUUGAGUACUUUUGAGACCAAUUGCAGAGCUGCUUUGACUGGAAAGGUAGUGUUUUUAAUUCUUUUAUCACAGCCACUACCAAGUGCCUCAGGGCAAACACAUUUAUCCUAUGUACUGUGUUCACCAUUCUUUUCUUCUUUGUAAUGGUUUAAAGUCAAUUACUGGUAAUUAAAUGCUUGUGGCAGGAAUUACUACAUGCUUUGCAACUGUUGUUCUCAAAGAUUGUUUAAUUUGGUUAGAAAUACAGUUUAAUUUUAAUGGCCACUCUACAUGCAUGUCCGGAAGAGGAAAGCUUUGGAGGAGUUGAUGACAGUUUGAAUUUAUUAAAAAGAGAUAGUUGUGUGUUUGAGGACACUUCAAAUCAAAAGUGAUAGAUUAUCUUUAAGGUUUUUCUCUGGGCUUACCCUCUAAGAUUUCUAACGUCAUAGCACACUAUAAAAAGCUCAGCAGGUACUGUGGGGUUUGAGUUGCCCAGCAGGUACUGUAAGUGAUGUAAUGGGGUCUCAGCAACUCAUGAACUAAAUUCCUGCCACCACACAGACUCACACUUUUACUUUUAUCAAAGUAAUAAAACUUCACAAGCAUAAACUCCAAUCUGCAUGACACGAGAUGAAAGCUGUUCGAUUUUCAUUCAUUUUUCUUGACCUAAAUCAGGAAUUUACUAUAUGUCAUAUUUGUCUUUAGCCAGAUACAGUACUUAAUAAGAAGUCAGUUAACAUUUCUCUGUGAUCUUUGCUAAAACUGCUUGUUAGCAUCGCUUGCAUCAUUUAGUGAUAGCACAAAGCCGAUAAAAGUAAAACAUUCAUAACAUCAAUCUCUUUAUGUCACAGAAAUACCUGAUGUGAGCUUUCACCAUUGUUUUAAUGAAUGAAAUAGCAGAUGUUAACAUCACACAUACUGUAUAUGGCCAUUGCUUAUUCAUCAGGACUUUACACAGUAUUUAGGGCAUUAUAUUGUAAAUCUGUGACAUUGGCAUAUCAUUCAUUUUUAUUUUUCUGUCUGUUUCUAAAAUUUUGUUACUCCACUUCUUACUCAACACAAAAACGUGUCUGAAAUGAAGCAUUCGCUGCUUUUGAACUUUUAUAUCCUGGUAUCAUUUCCUGUGUGUCACUAUAGAGUUAUUGCCAUACAGUACUUGGACAGUUUUGUCAUUUUUCUUAUAUAAUCACUAAGAGUUGUCUUUGCUCCAUUAAAGCCAGAGUUUCAGUGACACCACUGUACUCUGGAUUUAAUAUACAAACUGCACGUCAUGUUAAAAAAAGAAUGAUAAUGACAAACAUUUUACUACUGAAAACUGCCACUCAUUGGCAGUUCUGAUAUGCAUUUUUAAGCAGGCUAUAUCGACCAGUGUCAGUAACCCUCAUUUUACUGUAUUUGUAGGGUUUCCUCUCACAUUUACACAUAAAAACAAAGUUUUAUUCGUGUUUGCAGAAUGCAUGUUUAGCUACCAUAUUGAUGUUCCACGUAUCAUGAGAAAACAUCUGAUGAUGUGGAAUAUUAAUGAUUGAGAAGUCCAAAUCCUUAAGCCUACAUGCAAAAUGUCAGUCGAAUAAGUCAGCACGUUGUGGUUUUCUCUCGCUUUUCCAGCGAAGGAAAAAAUUAAGUCAGUUUCAGUCUGAUGAUUGUCUGUUAGAGCCCCCUCCUCAUUCAGUCCUUCGGUGUGUGAGGACAACAAACUCACCUCAGAACAAAUUUAAUUUCAGAGAUUUUUUUUUCACAGAAGUGUUUUGUUUCCAUGGUAGAUGCAAUAUCCUGUACAUAGCAUAUAGCAUACUGUAAACUAGGCUGUAGCUGUGUGAGCCAUACUAUCGUGAGGUCUCAGGAUCAACACAUCGCAUAGUUGAGACAGGGAUGUGGUAACAAUGAAGAUAUUUGCUAUUUAUCUAACUGGUGUAGAAAUUAGAUGCGUGGUGGAUAAAGUAACAAAAACACAUGACAGUAUAUGAAAGCAGGGAAAAUUAAACCAUUAGCGUAGCUUCAGUCUCUCUCUGAAUGAUGUCAUGCAUAUCCUGAGCUGUUUGUCCUCUUGUGUUGAACUGUUUUUCACAAAUUAAUUCCUUUUUAAUGCAGUGUAGUGUUUGACAUAUGCCGUCGUGAUUGGCAUGGCAUAAUGACUUAAUGACUACUUAAACAGCUGUACAGUUAUUGUGACCAAGGCAUCUGAAAUUAGGGCAUUGAUGGUUUCUGUUUGCUUGUUUAGCUGAUUUUGUGAUGUAGUUAGUCCAAAGCUUCUCUCUCUCAUUUGGUGUUUUUGUUAUUUUAUCCACCAUCUCUUAACAUACAGUAAGGUCCAAUAAGAACAGCUGCUUAUGGCAUCAGUUGCUCCAACUAACUGUAAAUAGCUCAUUCAAAACUAUUGAAGUCCAUAGAUACGUCUGGCUUUUAAAAAAAAUGUAUCAUUUUCUCCAAAAUAUGGUUUUGUGUUUCACUGAUCUCAAAAAGACUACACCAUUAAAUGCAUUGAAAUGCAUCGAGUGCUAAAAAUAUCAUUAACAGCAAACGGUUAGGGAGAGAUUACUUCAUAAUUGGAACUAAAAUUGUAGUUUGCAAACAAGUCGCUUUUUGGUAUCUUUGUUUUAUUGGUUGCAAUCUCUACAUUCGUCCAUAAUUACCUUCCAUGUCAUCUCAAAGUCUGCUGUUCCUUUAAAUGUCAGGUUUAUCUGCAGGGCAACCUUCACCCAAGUCAGUGGAAGGUGUCAUUAAUUUAUAUCGAAUUGUUACCUUUAUAUUGCAAAAUUUAAAAAAAAAGAAGAAAAAGAACGAUAAUUCAUGAUGAGCACAUAGCCCAGAUAUAUUUAGCAGGUGUGCUCCCUGUAAUCCAUUACUCCAUAUGAAAAAUGCUGAAUUUUGGGACAAAGUAUAAAACAAAACACAGACACAGUACUGCAAAAACUGAAUGCAAAUCAACUAUCUAUGCAAGGACAUUUCAAAACUUUGGAAAUCUCCUUUAUUGGUGCGAAAUAGUUGUCAUUUCACUACAGAAUGUAGUUGAAAAUUACUACUUUAAGGCUGUGUGGACAAAUGUCUAAUGUAAUAUGACUUGUUCAUCUUGCUGCACUUAAACACAAUGGAGUUACAUAAUCUUAUGAGACACAGUGUUUGCUGUUGUAACAUUCUCAUAUUGAUCACCAUCAAGUAACAGUGAAGAUUUCCAGCUGACAUUAGCCUUGCUAUCUAAAUAAUGAUUGUCCGGAUGUGUGUAAAAGAGUAGGCUUAUGUUAAAAUGUGGUUAGUAGCAGACCAUUUCAUAGGCUGCGUUGAGCAUACUUUUGUUUUGAGGCAGACAAUUUAGCAGAAGAGUUGGGGUGUACAUAAAAGUUGAAAUGUCUUAAUAUAAUGUAUAGUUUGUCCCUUAAUUGUGUUUUAUCCAACUUUAGAUAUCUAGCUUCACUGCUCACACACCUACACACGUAUAGUAAAUCAGGAAAAAAUGUAAUGAGACUUGGUAUUGAUAUUGCACAGUCACACUCUCCACUGAAUGUCACUGACCAUUGUCUAAGUUAGUUUCAAAAUUUUGUGAAGUACCCUUCAACUUUUUACCCUCUUUCCUUGUCUAUAUAUUGGAAUGGUCAAUAAAGUAUUUUUUAUAAUAGUUUUCUUUUGAUAUUUUUCUCAAUUUUUAUAAGUGGUUUUACUAAAAAAUAAAUACCAGGAAUGAUUGGUACUUCCAUUUUGACUGUGUACCAGGGCCAUAUCAGCAAAGCCUCUCUGAAAUGCAGUGCUGAAAUGGAACGGCUCUUGUAGCUGUAUGAAAUUACAGACUUAAGAAGAGACACCGUCCUAGAUCAGCGCUUCUUUUCUGAGAUCUGAACUGAUUCUUCUUUUCUUUUUAGUACCAAGACCAAACUUGCAACAUUUGUGAAAAUUUUGAUAAUGUUUUGAAAUGUUUAAUCAGUGCUUGUUUAGGAUUAUUACCUGUAGACUCUGUUGUAUUAUUUUGUGUUCUCUGUUUUGUUAUCUAAUUUACUGUGUUACAUUGAUGUGGAAUGUAAAAUGUUGUGAUGUAGAACAUAAUAAUUGGACUGGAGGCUAAAUAAACAGUGCUUGAAUUUA